AUGGAGUGGUUUGCCCUCCUUCGCCUUCCUGCGGCGCCCCCGCGGCUGCCCGAGCCGCGCUGGGCGCUGGCGCCAGGGAUCCUCCCGAUCCCCUGUGAGGCCCGCCCGCGCUGGGCACCCCGCGCCGUGGAGGUCGCGGACGGGUGCCUCCCCCAGUACUGGUACCUCCCCGCCGUGGCGGGGAGGUACCCCGAGCAUUGGUACCGAUGGUACCCGCACAUCGCCGAUGGUACCCCAAGGCCUCGGAGCAAGCCGAUUCUCCUGAUUUGGCUGGACUCGGGCAGGUCUGCGUCUUGGCAGUGCAUUUGCCUGCCGGGGACGGCGGCGCAGCGCGCUGCCGCGCUGGGAGAGGCGCUGCGGUCGCUGGACGAGAGCGGGGCGGAGCGUGCCAGGGUCUUGGUCGUGGGCGACUGGAACGUGCGGGACGAGGAGGUCGCAGCGCUGUGCGAGGCUGAGGGCAUGUGCGAUGCCACGUGCGCUGGGAAGACCUGGGGCGUGAGGUGGAACAGGUUUUUCGCAGAUCAGCAGUACAGCGGCCCCGGGUUUCGUUUUGACCGCGCGAUGUUCGGGGAGAAGUUGUUUGCCCGGGCGCAUGUGAUGGCGCGAGGGCCUGUCGUGUUCGAAGGCGUGCAGUUUUGCGCGUCCGACCACUUCGGGUUGAUGGUGUACGUGGACGUGGCAGACGUCUUUGCGCUGCGAGGCAGGGGGCGCGCGGAGGCAGCCCGGGUGCGGCGCGGGGAGGUGUGUAGGGUCUGUGAGGUCGGCGGGGAGCGAGAGGCGCAGGAGGUCCGGGAUCGCCGGCAGGCUGCCAGGGAUCAGCAGGGGCUCGACAGGGAGAGGGCCGCGGAGAGGGACCGCGAGGCGUUUGCGAGGGGCCAGCAGAGGGCGGCUCGCGAGAGGGCACGCCGGAGGCAGGCGUUGCACGAUGCGGCUUUCGGCAGGGAGUCGCUGUUCGAUCAGGACUUCGUCGUCGAGGCGGAGGGGCUGGGCGAGGGUGUUCAGAUCUCCGCGCCGUCUGCCAUUGUCGUGCCGGGCGCUGAGGAGUGGCAAGACGGUGGAUGGGGAGAGGUCGCCGGCGUACCCGUGGUGGGCAUGGGGAAUUUGGGGAACACGUGCUACGUCAACGGCGUGCUGCAGCUGCUCCUGCGGGUGUCGUCCGUGCACGAGGUCCUUUCGAGACAUGGGCGAGACCGGUGCCCCAGGGCGUUGCUUGGAGAGGAUUGUGUCGUGUGCUUGUUGCGGGAGACGCUGGGGCAGGUCAUGGCGGCGUCGCGCCGCGCAGGGGUGCGGAAGCCGAGGCUCGCGCAGGAGAGGGCGGCGGUGGACGAGCGGUACGGCGAUGACCAGCAGUGGGACGCCAGCGAGUUCUUUGGGCAUUGGUUCCACAGAGCUCGUCAGGUGGAGCUGGAUGCCGGUCGGUGCGUGCCGUGGGGCGAUGGAUGGCUACAUGGGCAGGACGGCUUCCAGGUUACGCACUGGGAUCGCCUGUUCAGGUACGGGUCGGCCGAGAUGGUGUGCGUGGUCCCGCCCGAGGACAGGAGGGUGUCGUUGACGACCUCCGAGCUGUAUCUGCGCGCGUGCGGGCCCGAGGUGCAGGAGGAGGCGGAUCGCCUCGAGUGCCCGAGGUGUGAGUCCCGGCAGGUGCACGUGCUGCAAUGGCGGGUGCGCGAGCCGCCGACGGUGCUCUUCGUGCGGGUGAUGCGUCCCGUGGCGGCGGGGGGCCAGGGCGUAUUGCUGCGCCGGCGCGUGGACGUGGAGGAGGAGAUCCAGCUGCCGGGGUUUCCGCGCAUGGUGCUGGCGGGGGUGCUUUUUCACAACGGGGCCACGGUGCGUUCUGGGCACUACACGUCCAUGUGCCGCGGGCCGGGCGGUAUGUUUUGGAUGUACGAUGACGCGAAGGCAUGCAUGCAGUCGCAUGCGGCUUAUGAGUGCUGUGUGCGGGCGUGA